AUGCUGCCUAACAAAAAUUGUGGUAGCCGUGUCAUUCUCACAACUCAUUUCGCCAAUAUAGCUUCUACAUGUUGUGAAGAAACUGAUGGUAAUGUUUAUACAUUGAUGUUGUUGUCCCCAGAGGAGUCUUGGAAGCUGUUUUACAACAAGACUUUUCGGGGAAACUUAUGCCCUUCAUACUUGAAGAAAAUUUCUCUUCAAAUCUUAGAAAGAUGCGAGGGAUUGCCGCUUGCAAUUUUAGCGAUAAGUGGUGUUUUGCCUACAAAGGACAUGAGCAAAAUAGACGAAUGGGAAAUGCUUUAUCACAACCUUGGUGCUGAAUUAGAGGGCAAUGACAAACUAGAGACAAAAGGAUUUGUGAAUGCUAUUAAGGGGAAGACAAUAAAAGAAGUUGCAAAAGGCUACCUCAAUGAGCUAUUCAAUAGGAGCUUGAUUCAAGUGGCAGAGAGAUAUCUAGAUGGAAGGCCUUCUGGUUUCCACAUUCACGACCUGAUGCGUGAAAUUAUUGUUUCAAAGGCAAGAGAGCAAAACAAUGUAACAACAAUUUGCAAACAGGGCUCAAGGAGGCCGGAGAAGGUCCGCCGCCUAUUGAUCCGAAGCACCUCGGAUAAUGUGGAAUAUAUCGAGCAUUCUUCUCGACUCCAUUCUCUGUUUGUGUGGGGGCCGAUGGAUUCAUUACCUAUUGCAUCAUUGUGUGAGUUGUUUAGACGUGGUUCGAGGCUGCUAAAUGUGUUAGAUUUGAAAGGUACUCCAUAA